AUGGAAACAACUCAAGCAACAGACUUGUCAUCGAAACCGUCUAUCGACAAUUUUUUUACGUUUUCUGAACCAAAAAUGACCACAGAGCUGUACAACACGCUCUGCAAUGAAGACCAAACAUUUUUCUUAGAAUACAACACACAACUCACUCCUGAAGAAGUUUCUUUAAAAGAAACACUAAAAGAGAUACUCAAUAAAAAGCCUCGAAUGACUGACGAAAAGAAAAAAGUGCGCGAUAAAUUGGCUUUGGACAUUGUUAUGGAUUUGAUCUCUAACAAAAUGAAUUCCAUUGUUGGUGUAAAGGACAAGUCAAUACGAAAAUUGGAAGACGACAUUCACCAACUUGAAACGAGAAAUAAUCAACUCCAAACACAACUCGAUAGUCUCACUGAUUAUGUCGAAAUUGUCAAAGACUACGCAAAAAGUGUCCAAAUUAACGAAGAAAGCAAUGUUAAGACACACAGACGAAUUAUCAAUUUAUUGAAGGCGAAAUACCCCGAUGAAAUUCUUCUACAAACGGACCUUUUUAUGGAAACUCAGUCCAAAAUUCCAAAUUCAUCAACAAUUGAACAAAAUCCAAUUUCAAAAGAACAAAGAAGUGCUGAGGAUUGUUAA